AUGGAUGGCCUUACCCACCUGCUUACAGACCCUCUUGAUCCAAAGGAAGGACAUAACGGACAAAUAACAGAGGAAUGUAUGCUGGGGAGCUGUCGAGUGAGCCUACCAGAGGACCUUCUUGAGGAUCCUGAAAUAUUCUUCUCUGUGCUGAGUGAAAGCACAUGGACUGAAACCCUGUCAGAUUCCCAGAGGCAGCAUCUUCGUCAGUUUUUACCACAGUUCACAGACAACAAUGUUGCUGAGCAGAAUGCUACCAUACAAGACUUAUUCAACAACAAGAGCUUUUGCUUUGGAAAUCCCCUUCAUCUUGCUCAGAAAUUAUUUAGAGAUGGCUACUUCAACCCAGAGGUGGUUAAGUACAGACAGUUGUGUGCCAAGUCUCAGAGGAAGCGUCAGUUGCACUCCCUGCAACAGUAUUACCACAAGCUAUUGAAACAGAUACUUGUCUCCAGAAAGGAGCUUCUAGAGUUAGCAGUUCACAGUGGACUAGACAUUCCACAGAAACGAAAGCUGUCCAGCAAGACUCAUGCUGAGAUGCAGGAACCAAGGAUCAGACGAAGAAUGCGCCGCAUAUUAAAGGAAGUCAAAGCUGAAUGUGGGGACAGUAAUCCCUCCUCUGAUGAUGAUGAUUCAUCCUCAUGGCCACCUGCCCCACAAUCACCUUCCUCCCCCACAACCACAGUCCCACUCAGGGCUCUUUCCAGCCUCUCCACCCAAGACAUGAAGAAUACUGAAAAAAUUGAACUAGGAGAGCAAGACUUAAAAACCAUGCUGCAAAACCAUAGGGAGAAGAGGAAACGGCAGCCUGACCAUCCAGACUUGAUGACCUCGGAUAUACAUCUUGGCGACAUGAUUUCAAGAGUGAAUAUUGGUCGGAAAGGCUCCGCUAUGUCGCUCUUUGAUCUUGCUCUGCCAAAGAAGAAGAUGAGAGAGGAGAGAAGAAAGAAGAAAAUGAGGACAGUUAAAGCAGAAUCUGAGGAUGCCUGCGAAACUCUUGUACCUUCAGAUACCACAGUUCCAUCAGCAAAUCUCAUCGCAUCUCAGCCUGAAGCGCCAUCCACCCCACUAGCCAAUGUCAAGGAGGAGGCAGUGGAAGAGUCUCAGAGCAGCCCAGUUGUGGUUGAGGAGAUAGCUGUCAGUUUCUUCAACUUGUUGGAGAACAUUUUUCGGGCAGAAAACUAUAACAGCACUUCAAUGGUUGAAGAGAAAGUUCAAAUGUGGCAAUCAUCUCCAGCCAGUUCCCUCAACCCAUGGUUCUCAUCUGUCUCUUGUUGGUCGGAGCAGGUGCUUCCAGCCCUUCAGUUCCUUGCAGGGGAGGCUAAAGAUGGUAUGAUAGCACUGCCAAGUGGCUUUCCUCCAUAUGUGGAAUUUGGGGAACAGUCUCAGCAGUGGAAGUGGGUUGGUCCCAGUCAGGAUGCGGAGAAAGAUCUCAAUGCACUCUGUCAGCUGUGGCUUGACUCCAAAGAUUUGGUUGUUAAGAUGGAGAAUGAAGAGUUAUCAGAAAUUACUUCACCCACCCCUAGAGUCAGCUGGACGGAUUACGUAGUGCGACCCAGCACUGGAGACGAGAGACAUGUAUUUCAGAUCCAGGAGCAGCAGCGGUACGACCAGCCGCAUAAAGCCUUCACAUUUAGGAUGCAUGGCUUUGAGUCAGUGGUGGGCCCUGUCAAAGGGGUGUUUGACAAGGAGAUGUCGCUUAAUAAAGCCAGGGAGCACACGCUGCUGCGCUCAGACCGGCCAGCCUACGUCACGAUUCUCUCUUUGGUGCGAGAUGCAGCAGCCAGGUUACCCAAUGGAGAAGGAACCAGGGCAGAGAUCUGUGAAUUGCUAAAGGAUUCCCAGUUUCUUGCCCCAGAUGUCACCAGUGCUCAGGUGAACACAGUCGUCAGUGGCGCCCUUGACAGGCUUCAUUACGAGAAGGACCCCUGUGUGAAGUAUGACAUCGGCCGUAAGCUGUGGAUUUACCUGCAUCGCGAUCGCAGUCAGGAGGAGUUUGAGCGAAUCCACCAGGCCCAAGCUGCAGCCGCAAAAGCAAGGAAAGCUCUACAACAGAAACCAAAACCUGCACCCAAGCCUAAGUCUGGCAGUAAAGAUGGAGGAGGUAAAACUCCUGGAUCUCUUGAGGCUGGGCAGGAUGUGGGCGCUAAUGCUAUGUCACCGACCCCAACAACCCCCACCCCAAGCACACCUGGAACCCCUAGAUCACCAUUGCCCUCUGCAGCCAGCACACCAACCAAGACCUCAGUCCCUGAUACCAUCAAGAACAGCCCUGGUGUUCUCCUCGUCUCUUCCCCUUCCAUGCCACAACUGGGUACUAUCUUGCCCACUAGCCAAGCUGGUCCACCAGCCUCGCAGCCAGCUACAUCCCAGCACACAGCUCGGAUAGUUAGCCACCUGGCAGCUGGCACUCUGCCGCAGGUGCGAGUAGUAUCCACUCAGCCCACCCUGAGCACCUCCUCAGGAAGUCAGCAGGCCACACUGGUACACCAGGCCCCUCACCAGAUCAGAGUACCAGUGUCAGUGGCCACCAAGGGCAUUUCACAGGCUGUGGUGUCAUUGCCUCUGAGGACUCAGGCUGCUAAUAGUCCAAUUCAGGUGCCAACUACCUUGUCUGUCUCUGCUGUAUCUGUGGCCAAACCUCCGACUGGAUCCCCUGGCAGCCCAGCCAACAACCCUGCUUCACCUGCUGUCCUACAAGGCGUUACAAGCCAGAGCAUCAAACAGAUGUCCAUUACGGGGCAGCUUGGAAUGAAGACAGCAGGAGGAGCUGGCAUUCCAAUAACCGCUACCAACCUGCGUAUCCAGGGCAAGGAUGUUCUUCGUCUCCCCCCAUCCUCCAUCACAACAGACGCCAAAGGCCAGACAGUCCUACGGAUCACCCCGGACAUGAUGGCUACCCUUGCUAAGUCCCCAGUUACAACAGUCAAGCUCACUCCUGACUUCCUGGGAACUGCCACCACAGGGGGGAGCAAGAGCAUAUCAGCCACUCUCCAUGUGACCCCUCCCCACCCCUCUCCUUCCUCCUCCUCCUCCAACCCAUCCUCUUGCACAGGAGAAGCCCAGACCAAUAAGGUGGGGGCUGGUGCCUCUAGCCUCUUAAAGGCUGCAGGGGACACAGCCAUCCGGCUUAUGCCCACACUAGCUGUGACUGUUGCCGACCAAAAGACAAGGACCUUAUCCACCGUUUCCUCCCAGGAUUCCAAGGGUGGUGCCACUAUUCGUAUCAUGCCAGGCCUUGGAGUCAUUCCACAGAAACCGGGUCAAACCAUCACAAUGACUGCUGCCACCAGCAGUAAACCACCUCAGGUCUCUGCAGGUGUCACAUUAAGCACCACUGGAGUGGCUGCAGCCAAGGGAAUUACAGUUGGCCCUGCAGCCUCAGGUUCAUCCCUGACACUUGGAACAGGAACAGCAACGGUGCGCCAGGUCCCCGUCAGUGCUGCAGUGGUGACCACACAAACAGGGAAGUUACCUGCCCGGAUAACAGUGCCCCUGUCUGUCCUCAACCAACCCCUGAAAAGCAAGAGUGUUGUGACCACACCCAUAAUGAAGGGUAGCAUCAACACCAAUAUCAGCAGUCUGGGUAGAAACAUUAUCCUGACCACCAUGCCUGCUGGCACUAAGCUGAUUGCUGGAAACAAGCCUGUCAGCUUUGUCACAGCGCAACAGUUACAACAGCUGCAGCAACAAGGACAGGCCACUCAGGUUCGUAUCCAAACGGUGCAAGCACAGCAGCUUCAGCAGCACAUGGCAACAGGCUCCCCUAAAUCUGUUUCUACAGUCGUAGUGACAACAGCAACCUCACCAAAAUGCACAUCAGAUCCCCCACCUGCACCCCAGCAGUGAUGCUGCCCCAUCAGCCAGCAGU